AGAGAUGAUGCUUUGGACUGUGUGCAAAUGUGUUUAUAUGGCCACAUGGCACUCAUCAAAAUGUAUAGCUUUGUGUUUUGUGUCACUUGUAACUCCUUACUGUGCUCACAUGCCUUGAUGAACAGCAUGGUAGAACAAUUAAAAAGACAGAAAUACUAAAGCUGUUAUGUUUUAUAAUCACAUUGGUGCUGUAUGUUCUGGACUAACCUGUUUGUGCCAAUUAAUUGUGUUUUAACGGUCCCCUGGACCGCGUAAGAUGUAUUUUAGUUUAACCACGUGCAUUUUGCUUACCAUUUUUCUAUGGACUCCAUCCUUCACUGUCGGGAGAUCAAAUCAGCAUGCCCUGGUUUGAAAAGCCUAUGCCCAUUUGAACCGGAAGUUGUUAAUAUGCGGAUAGUGAUCCUCGCUUUAGGUUGACAAAGAAACAAACAAACACCGCAUUUAUUUACAAUAUCAAGAUAGGUACGCUAGAAUGUCGUUGGAUGUAACAUUUCGCUUGCGUGUUGCUUCAAUCAUGGAAUCGUUGACGACAUCAGUUGUCCACGAGGUAUGCCAAGUGAUGGAAGAAAGCCUGGAGGCUUUUCGCGUUGAAAUAAAGCUACGGGAGAUGGAGAGGUUCAUGGUUAAACCGAAAUACUGUCUCGACGGUGUCCCAAAUUCUGAUCAGGAACAGUUAACUCCGAUCCAGGGAUUGUGUGAUGAGGAGGAGCCUACUCUGUGUAUGGAAGUAGGAGACUGCAGUCAACUAACACCUGCUCCAGCAGCAGAAGAAAAGGGUCUUGGGGGUAUUUCUGAAGGCGGUCUACUAUCAACAGAAACCAGUAAAGAACAUGAAGCGGUGGACCAGGUCCACAUCUCAGUGCAGAAAGAGAACACUCUGCCUUCAGUGAAUAAAUGCUUGGAUUGCUGCAACAGGUUUCACUGUCCCUUCUGCAAAACCUCUGUGUUCAAACCAACCAACAAGUAUAAACUCCGCAGACAUCUGCAGUCUCACCUCUCAAGGGCUGUGAACUACGGAGGUAAAUUCUUCUCUGCCUUUAUACAUUUUCUGUGCCCUGCAUAUAAUAUUCCCAAAUAUGUUUCUGUGUGUUUGAUUUCCAGGUUACAGCCUUUUCAGGUGCUUUUUAGAGUGUAGUUCAUCAGGUCACAACCACUGCCCGUUCUGCAGAACCAUCAUAUUGAAGAGGGCCGACUUCAUCAACCACGUGACAUCAUGCAGGGCCUCCAGCCCCACCACCAGCCAAUCUAACUCUGCCCCAUCCUCGUUCUCAACCGCCACUCUCUCAUCCCCCACCAAUCAGAAGCGCGGGGCGCUGGUAAGCUCCGCCUGUCAGACUCCUCUCUCUUUCAUCUCUGGCCUGAGCGUUGUGGGUCAGGUCAGGUCAUCGGUGGCUCCAAGAGAGACGAUUUGCCACAAGUGCGGCCUCACGCUGCUCACCAAGAACCUCCGCAACCACAUCUUGAGGAGGCACCCGGAUGGUGGCGGGUUGCCAAGGCAAUAUGCCGUUUUGGAGUGCCCCCGAAGGCCGGGGGUUGCCACGGCAACAUGUGAGGUCUGCGAACGCGUGAUGUGCUUGAAGAACCUUAAGGUCCAUAUGAAGAGGAGACAUCCUCAUUACCUGUAAGGUGGUGGUGGUGGGGGGGGGGGGGGAGCCUUCUCUCACUCACUCACACACACAUGGAUUAUGUAGCAACUGUGUCCAACAAUCUCUGAAUUAUGAUUUGUUGAAGGAUUCAUGUCUAAGGCUAUUUCUUGGUGGAAAUGUCAUUUGCAGACAAUAAACAAAAAAUGUAUGUGUUACUCAAUGCAUUUGUUGUAGAUGUUUUCUUAUUGGCAGUAUCAUUUAUUUAGUCCACUUCCCAUGUGUAUACGGUCCUUUGGCUCCCAUUACAGGAAGUAAAGCAAGUCUAUGAAGUGAAAUAUACAAUUCUGUUCACUUGUUUUGUGUGGUUCGUUGUUCAAACGUUUUUAGACCUCAAUAACUUGUUGAUGAGUUAUGUCAUCAACAACUUAUUCACAAUCACCUUAUUUCUGCAAUGGAAUCCCUGGCGAGAACUGCUACAAGAAAUCUGUAUUUUCUUUGUAAAAAGUGACUUGGAUGAUGGUGACCAGGGGCACCGUAACGGGGCUUGUAUCCAUCAUGGAAGUGCUGGCAAACGCGGCAGUAGCAGACAUUUGUCAGCUUGUUGACGACGGAUACGCCGUGCUGCGGCUUGAAAUAUCCAGGGCUCAGCGAGAGAACCUGGCAUUGAAGAGCAAACUACGGUUAAUGGAAGUUCGCUCACGGGACCGAUUCGCCAGAAGAAGCCCCUUACCUCACCUGGCUGUCUCUUGCGCUAGGAAAGCUCAUGUAGCUGUUAAGCAUUCCAUAAAUGCCAAGAAGAAUGCAGCAGGAUCCAGGCUGAUUGGGGACCAGGGCACCCACCUCUCUACUGUGUGUGCUCAGCCUGAGGACCCCCUGGAGUAUCCUGAGCUAGUCUUGAUAAAGGAAGAGAGGCAGGAGGAGGAACUGAAAGACUGCAACUCUCACCUGGCCCAGGAAAAUGCUGGAGUAUCUCACUCUCUUCCUGCGAACAACAACCACACCCGGAAGGUAGAGACGCUUCUGGACCAGCACAGGAGUCCAGGCUCCACCCUCCCAGGGUUACAAAGGCCCGGGUCACCACCAGAGCACCCUGCCCAGGGAUCGCAGGAGCAAGCCGGGGACAGCGACGUCCUGAAGACCCCUCUCCCUGGAGGUCACCACAGCACCACCAGCCAGCAGCUGCAGCCGCACCACAUGUACGCCGGAGGCUGUGAAACUGCGGGCUCGUCGUCUCAAAUGGCGUCUCUUGGAGACGCCGUGGAACCGUCCUGCUCGUUCUCGUUGGAAGCGAUGAGGUCGUUCGGUGCCGAGGUUCCCCUGUUGCUAGGUGACGGGGAGAGCCUGCACGGGUUCGUCAACUCGCUCGGGCUCGGAAGAGUCGACUCUCUCAAAAUGGAAAGAGGGGCAGAGUCCUCUUGGGCUGAUGGGAAGGUUUUUGGAUCGGGCCUGUCUCUAGAUCCCAUCCCCGGGAGGGACAGAGAGGACGGGGAGUCGGCCUCUAACCUCUCUUCUCAGACCCACGAGAGCAAGUCCAGCGAGCUGGAAGCCACCGGGUUCGAUUCCUCCUUCGACGAGCUGUUCUCCUCGCCCGACGCCAACGUGGUGCAGGUUCUCCACCGGAAUGGAGGUGGGGGUACCGAGGGGCAGUCUUCAUAUCAGUUCCUGGCCAGUGGGGGUGGUUUCGGAGGCCUGACGGAGGCUUCGCCCCGCAUCAGACUGGACCCGGAAAGGGUGCUCCAUUGCGAGCAGUGCGGCCGGCUUUUCCACAACGCGCGAGACCUAGUGGUGCACCAGAGGUCCCAUGCCGGAGAGAGACUCUUCCACUGCCCCCAGUGCAAGAAACCCUUCCUGCACCUCCACCAGCUGAAGACCCACCAGAGGGUCCACACCGGUGAGAAACCCUUCAGCUGCGCCCAGUGCGGACGCCACUUCUCCCAGUCCAGCCACAUCAAGAGACACAUGAGUGUGCACACGGGGGAGAAGAGGUACAGCUGCUCCUUAUGUGGGAAGAGGUUCUCCCAGGCUUGCAGCCUGAAGGUGCACCAGAGUGUCCACACUGGGGAGAGGCCUUACAGCUGUACUCAGUGUGGGAAGAGCUUCUCUGUAUUGGGUAAUCUGGUUAGGCAUCAGAGCGUUCACAUCAGGAAAUAAUAUUUAUAAUUGUAUAAUGAAUGGAAGAGGUUUGUUUAUGAUGUGCUGAUGGCAUGGCUGUGUAUUGAUCGAUGAAUGGAUUGUGGUAGAACAGCACUGUUGACAUUUUUUUUAUAGUUUACAAAAUAUAUUUAUUUAAAUGUAUUAAUGUGAAAUCAUUAAACCAUUUUGUCUAUGGACCAAUUCUUUUUAUAUAUAGUAUUUGUAAAGUACUUCACUUGGAUAUUUAAGGGGUAAAGUCGAUUAGAAUGCAGAUUAAUUUGCCUGAUGCUGAACAACAAAUAUACGUCAUCAGAAGGCGACUCAAACCCCGAAGCACCUCAACAUCAUAGCCACAACUCACGAAAAGCAAUCUGACAACAAGAUAAACGUUACUUCAUUUACAUGUAAAAGUUCUUAAUCGACAUUUUACGAAGAAAUUGAACUAUUUGGCUUGCUUUAUAACGGUUUUAUGAACGGCUCCCCUGUGUGCAACUAGAAAUGGCAAUGAUGGCGGACUGUGUUGGCUUUCAGGCGCAGAUUGCUUCGAUAAUAGAGCUACUAGCUAAUUCGGCCGUGCUAGAGAUAUGUAAACUUGUGGACGAUGGUUAUGCCGCCCUACGUUCACAAAUGGAUCUAGAGAGAGAACAAAGCGAAAAGGAGAAUGAUGAUCUGCGGAGAAGAUUACGAGACAUGGAUGUGAGGGUGCGGAGCUACGAACGAAAGCUGAGGAGACGCUAUCAACGGGAUGAAAUGCACAACGUCCAUUACCGACCUCCCGAAGCCCCCUCUGCAGUCUCUGCAGCCAUGGUUGCAAGUGAUGACCAUCCCAGCGGCCCUGUCGCUACAGCCGAAGAAGAGACUAAUACACACCACAUGCCACAGGAGGAUGCCUCUUUGCCCCAGGUAAAGCAGGAGAGAGACUGUGAUUUGAACCUGAAAGUCGAAGUGAACAUCAGGUCGGAAACUGGUCCCACGGCCCAAGAGCCUAGUGAGGAAGCAGACAGCAGUGACCGACUGAAUGUGUCCCAGUGCUCCCCCACUGAAGACACUGUGGAUCUGACCUGCAGG